AUGACGGUGUUAACGAUUGUGGCGAAAUUUUGGCAGGAAUAUACGAAAAAUACGCCGAAGAAGCUUAAAAUAAUAGAUGCUUAUUUACUUUAUGUAUUUUUAACUGGUGUCAUAGAAUUCAUAUAUUGUUGUCUAGUCGGAACAUUCCCCUUCAAUAGUUUUCUCAGUGGAUUUAUUUCCAGUGUUUCUUGCUUCGUUCUUGGAGGGUUUUCUUCUACAUAAGAUUAGAAGCUCUUCGAAAAAUGUCUUUUGGGAGAAAGAAAAACAAAGAAAUGUUGAAAAGAAAGGAUUAAGACUUUCGAAAAUUUUCGUUUCUUAA